AGGAGAAUAUGCCAGCAAAAAUAGAGUCACAGUCCACUAUUUUGAUACAGAAACAAAACAGAGUUGAUCCCAUUAAACCCAUUCCCUCUCUCUCUCUCUGUCUAUUUUCUCUCCCACAAGACCUAUCUUCUUCUUCAUCUUCUUCCUCCAUUGUCUUCAAUCUUACAGUUUCAGCACAAAAAUCAAAACCCCACUUUCCCUAAUGGCCACUGUUCACCGGUGAGAAUCUCUGUUUUCAUGGAUGCUGACCGCCAUUUUCGUACAACAAGCACCAACAGUACCAGUUCCACAGCCGCACCCUCUAGCGAGCUCUUCAUUUGCUUCACUUCUCGCUUCUCUUCUUCUUCUUCUUCUUCCUCUAUGAAGAUCUCUUCCAAGUCCAUUCUCAGUCCUGGCCGUGCUCGUGAACCCUCCCAAAUCUCCCUCUCUACUUCCCUCAGCCGCCGUCUCAAAUCCAGCGGUAGUCUCAAGGGCGGUCAAGCCUCCCCCAUGUUUCCCACUGGCGGGAAGAAGCGAGGAUGUGCCUUUGACAAUCCGGAACCUUCGUCGCCGAAGGUUACUUGCAUUGGUCAGGUUAGGGUUAAGACGAAGAAGCAGGGGAAGAAGAUGAGAGCCAGAUCGCAUAAACGAAGGAGUAAUUCGGAGGCGAGUUUUCGGAGAUCGGAGAGUGUUGUUCAAUCGUCGCAGAUGAAUGGUAAUGAACAGCAAUUCUCGUCGCAUCAUAAUCAUCAUCUUCUUCGUCAGAACAGUAACAACAAUGGCGGAAACGGUUUCCAGCAGGAAUGCUUGUCACAUCGGAACCAGCGGUGGGUGCAUUUGCCGUUUACGAUUUGUGAGGCGCUUAGGGCUUUUGGUGCUGAACUCAACUGCUUCUUGCCGUGCCAUUCGUCGUGUUCCAGUGAUAGGGAGAAUAAUAAGGAAUCGAAGCCGGCGGUUAGGUCGUCGGAGACCGAGAGUUCCUGCGGGACAGUAUUUGCGCGGUGGUUGGUGGCGGUGCAGGAUGGAGACGGAAAGGGGAGAGAGAUAGAGCUGGUGGUCGGAGAUGAAGAAACUCGAACGGAGAAGGAAAACGGAAGCCAGAGACGGCAUGUUUUCGAGGGAUUGGAUUUCAAAGACGAGAAUGAAAUUGUCGAACAAGAGGAAUCGAGGAUCAGCAUUUGCAUUCCGCCGAAGAAUGCUUUAUUGCUAAUGAGGUGCAGAUCUGAUCCGGUAAAAAUGGCGGAGCUCGCGAAACGAUUCUGUGAUUCUCCUGCGCCAAAAGUGGAUGAAGAAGACGGAGAAGAAGAAGAAGAAGAAGACAAUGAAGCGAAAAAUAAACAAAAUGAAGUGAAAAGAGAUGUAUCUGUGCCGCUGCCUGUGCCUGUGUCUUCCACUGUGACUGUAAGCAAGGAAAAGGAAGAAGAAGAAAGAAAAGUGGAGCUAAUUGUGAAGCUUGAAAACGAUGAAGAAACGAACGAAGAAUCUGUUUUUGAUUCAGAAAAAGAAAAUGGACAAGUUAAUUUGUUUUUACAGGAAGAACGAGAAGAAGAAGAAGAUAAUAGAGAGAGAACCAUAGAAAUGGCCACAGUAAACGAAAUCGAUGAGCAGAAAUUAGACAUUAUUGUGAUAAAUCAGCCGAAUCAAGAACAAGCAGUGGAAGAAAAAGAAGAAGAAGACAAAAUCGAUCAAGAUAACCAGCAAGAAACAAUGGCGAUCCCAAUUCCAAUUCCGAUUGAGACCCACUAUGAACCCGAAACGGCUCAAGAUGCAGAGAAGCUGGAAUCGGUCGAAGAAGACGAAUCCAAGCUACCCCAUGAAAGCGAACAAGACCAGAAAACAGAAGAUGAAAACCUGAGAGAAGAAGAAGAACCCGUAAACGGCGAAAACCCCACUUCACCAUCAUUUUCGGUAGAGACAGAACCAGUUUUAGACGAAACCGAAACUGAAGUUGAUUGGAAUUGGGAGGAAGAAGAGGAAGAAGAAGAAGAAGAAGAAGAAGAAGAAGAAGAGGAGGAGAAAGCGACAGAUGAAGGAAUCGGACCCGACGCCCAAAACGACGACAAAUUGAUGGGUCCAGAGGAGGACCAGUCAAAGGAGCGAGAAACUCCACGGCCGGAGCCGGAGAGAAAAACACAAACAGAAACAUCCGUUCUCCCAGAUUGCUUGCUGUUAAUGAUGUAUGAGCCAAAGCUAUCAAUGGAGGUAUCAAAGGAGACAUGGGUCUGCAGCACAGACUUCAUAAGGUGCGUUCCGACCAGGGAGAAGAAGCCGGCCUGCAGAAACCCGCCGCCGCCUCCGCCGCCGAAGAAACGGGAAACGAAGCCGGCGGACACCACGCAGGCGGCGGUGGUCCAGCCGGCGAGAUGGUCGUGUUCGUUUCCAGCAGCAGCAGCUGCGGCGGCGAUGAUAGAACAGAAGCUAGUAAGGGCCAAGGGUUACGAGCCGUUUGUUCUUACUAGAUGCAAGUCGGAGCCAAUGAGAUCGUCGGCUAAGCUGGCGCCAGACGCUUGCUUUUGGAAGGACCGCAAGCUUGAGCCACACCGUCCGGCUACCUUCGGCGUCGGCGCGGCUGAAGUUGGAUUUUGACCAUUUCACCCCUCUCAACUCUCAGGUAAAAAAAAAAAAAAAAAAAAA